CAAUAAACCGAGGAACGUGUUUCUUUGUCACAAUAUGGAUUUUGCUAAGAAUAUUUUACAAAAAUAUGGCUGGAAAGAAGGCGAUGGGCUAGGUAAAAACAUGAAUGGCAUUGCGGUUCCCAUCAGUGUCAGUAUGAAGAGAAGCACUAGCGGAAUCGGAGCAAAUCAAUUGAGUGCGGCAACUAACAACUGGUGGGAACGUGUUUACAAUGAGGCGGCCAGCAAUAUAGAGAUACAAUCCGGUGGCAAGAAAAACAAAACCGGCGAGGUUACCCUUCAGCAGGUGAACAAAGACGCGGUUGAGAUUACCACCAAAAGUUAUUCCGUAAACAAAUUGAAGCGAAUGAAUCAGAAUGGCUCCAAGUAUGGGAACGUAUUCCUUAAAGCUUCUACGUUGUUGGGAAAUACGGGUCGCGAGGAAGAGGAUCCAGAACACAUCCGUACGGAGGAUAUCCAGUUUAAUCCCGUAAAAACUCUUACGGACGAGGAGUUGUUCGCAGCGUGUGGUGGUCGAACGGCCCACAAAGGUGCUCGUCAUGGGUUGGGUCUGAAAGGUAAGCUGGCACGGAUCGACGAACAGAACAAUAAGCUCAUGCAGCAGUUGGAAAGCCAAUCAUUCGAAGCUGUGAUAAAAUCUAACGACUGGCAGGUACAGCUAUCUAAAAAUGGGCGCAAAAAAUCGAAAAAACAGAAACGAAACGUACAAAGGUGGAUUGAGCACAGUUCAGCGGAUGUGGAUGAGGAGGUGAAGGAUAUGGUCCAUCAUGCAGAUUACGUGGUGGCGAAAAACAAAAAGAAAAAGAAAGCCCAACAAAAAACUGACCAAGAGCUCGCAGAUGAAAUGGUGAGCAUGUUUGCGGGAUUACCGGAAGAAAGUGGCGCUGAAGAGAAUGAACCGGAGGUACAGAAACCAAAAGCGAAACGCAAAUCAAAAAAGGCUCUAUGUUUGAAUGCUGAAUUAGAACUUCUGAGUGAAAAAAUUCGUAAACUGGACCACAGUUCGGUGACGAUUAAAAAAAAGGACAAAAAGAAAGUGAACAAACUUAAACAGGCGAUGAGCGGCGUUGGUGACGACGAUUCUGCUACGCUUGAUCCGGCUGCCAAGUAUCGCAAGGAUUAUCGUACCGACUUGAAACAAAACAAUCGUUUGCUCAAAACGCUGGUGCAUCACGAAGUUGUGGAAGAAAAGCUCGUCAAAAAGCCGGUGGCGUUGCUGCGAUCUGACUCCAGUGACCAGGAGGAAGAGGACGUAGUGCAGCGCGUAAACGACGAGCAGAAUCAGUACAGGUCGAAAAUGCGAGCCACAGUGCCAAAGAUAAACAUUAUCGAACCAACGGAAGAUGAUUGUUUUGCCAUGGGGCAGAGCCUAAAAGAGCGUCAUAAGAACGACGUGAAGCGUGUGGGUAAUCGAACCUCGAGCGGGAAACGCAAGAAAACGAAGAAAAGAGAGCGUCAAUUGGCACAGCUAGCGGACAAAUUGUCCAAAAAUUUGUAAACGAAAAGCAAUAAUUUCUUAUCAACACCAACAAGUGGUAUGGCUCUAAUUUGAAAUGGAACCCAUAUACCGUAUUUUCACAUGUCUAACAUCAUCUUUUGUAUCCACAAUUUUAAAGUAUCAAGGUGGGACUGGUAUUAUACAUGAGAUAUAAUGCUAUUAUUCCACUCUUUUUGUGCCAGAUCUGAAGAAAAAAAAUAACAAAAACAGAUUUGGUGUUGUUACACACGCAAAAAUACGGUAUGCAGCUGAUCGAAUGAAACGACUGGCGUUUUAUUCUGUUGCUGCAUUUGUUUCAGAAAGGCAAUUUCGGUGCAUCUCAUGGAUACCAUAUACUUAUCCACGUGAACAUAAUAAAGUGCAUCUUGAAAUGCAACGCC